UGCCAGUAACGAUUGCUCGCGCAGGACUGAUUCCCUUCUUGGUCUCGUUCCUCAUUGGUUUCUUUAUGCAGGCUUUGCUCAUCUACCUCUUUGUGGAUUUGCUCCAGCGAUGUCGCGUCAUUCAGAUGGAGUCAGUAAAGUCUCUAGAGACGGAACGGAUAUUAAUGCAGAACGUAAGCCCGGUGGAAUCCCCCAUUCCUGACAAUGAGGAGGUAGAAGAGAGAGAGGAUGUAGAAGAUGCAGAUGCAGGUCUGCUGCAGAAAGACAGCACAGUACUGAAGCUUCAGGAAGAACUUCAUCCAAACCUGCAUGUUCUUGGCGUACUCUUCCUGAGCAAACGCAACAGCCAGGCCUUCAGCUUUAUCCUGCUUUUUCAUUUUGUAUCUAUUGGAAUCAGUUAUGUUUUGGCAGGUAGUGAAGCAUACGCUGCACUUUUUCAUACCAGUCACAUCUACGUUAUCCCUGCAUUUACAUGGACGCUCUCGUUGGGUAUUCUCCUGGCCCAGGUCAUCAUCCAGCCAGUCACAUCACUGCUCACUCUUCUCAAAGGCAUUCUUCUGAUUAUCACUGUGGCGGUGACAUUUGUUGUGGGUUCAGAGGUUCACCAGGAGACCAAGAAUGACUUCACCCAAAUCGGAAAACCUUUCCUGAUGGGAACCGUUGCUCUCGGUGGAAUUGUCAACGUGAUGCCAUUCUUAUUUUCUGAGAUUUACCACAACAGAACACAGGUCUUGUGGUUCAGAAGAGCUGUACUGGGAGGACUUGCUACAUGCACAAUCCUAAACAUAUUAUGGUGUUGGGCAGUGGUAGAGAUCGUUCCCCAGAUGGCUUUCGAGCCCGUCCUGGAGGAGAGGCUCUUAAAUACCACCUUGGUCCGGAUGGAGACCACUCAACCGGCACACACAUUUAUCUACUCCAACAUCUCCCUGGAGGAGUCUGAAAAGGCUGGAGAGAUUGCAACAAUACCUCUAACGAAGAUCAUAAAUCAGAGGUACACUCACUUCUCGUGGGUGGCAGAGCUGAUCCAGAUCUUCAUUACCAUCAGUAUAACCGUGUCAUUCCUUGUGAUGGGCUCAGCAAUGAAGCAUACAAUCGACGGCUUGGUAAACAGACAGUGGGAGAGGAAUGCAGGCUCGCUGCUGAGAAUCCAGCCAUGGACUUUACCUCAACUCUUUCACACUGUCAGUAUGAGAAGUGUUUCAGGUGGCUUCUUGUCCUUUCUGGUGUUUGGGAUCAUUUUUAUCGUGUCGAUGUGUGAUCCAAAGGGUUUUGUCAUUAUGCUCGACAAGGUCGUCUCUUUCUCCUUAAACACUGAAGUAGGCUUGUUCAUCUUCCUGAUGCUGAGGGCCUCCAGAUCAGAGCGGUUUAAACAUAUGACGGUUCCCCUGCCAGCGGGUGAAAGCUUCUUCAAGCUCCACUGGCUGCUGCCAGUCUACUUUCUCUUUGCUGUGGCAUACGAUCUAAGCCUGAGCGUGCUGGACAUAUCAAAGAACAUGCACCAUUCCUCACAGACCAACAGGUCUCUUGUGUAAAAGCCUGGGGCUGAAGAGUCCAGAGAUCACAGCGGUCUGCUUGUUGAGUGGAUUGAGAUGUCUGGCCUUUGGCUGAUCAGACUCUUCAGGGAUGGAUAUCUUCAUAUACAAUUGCUUCCUAAAACAAACUGAGCUCACCCACAGCUUAUAGGAAAAGCACAGCACCAUUUUAAAAGUAGCAAAUACCACACUCUUUUUAAUUUGAUGACUACUGACUAGAGCAGUGGAUCUCAAAGUGAAGCAUAACCAGGGGGGGUCUGCGAUUUUUUUAAAAAUAAUGUUACAGUGGCGCACUCACCUUUAUCAAAGCUAUUAUAUGUAUUAUUGAGUCCUUAUAGCUAUUGGCUGGCCACUUGAAUGGGAAAAUCUCAAAAACAACUUGUCAACUUGGACAAAAAUCCUCUUCUGUGAUUCUUACAUUCAGGAAUAAAAAGGCUCCAAUACAUAGCCAGAUUAUCAUUACACAAUUAAAUAACGAGCCUAAUAUCUGAAUAGUUGGAUUAUGUUCAUAAAAUCUUUACUAAUGGGUCUGUGGAAUUUAUUUUAUAGUGAAAGCCAUCCCUGGCAAAAGCUUUGAGAACCCCUGGGCUAGAGCACUUGUUUAAUAUAUGGCUAAUGCAUGCUUUACUUUAAUAUAUGCUUUACCAUAAACACAAAAAAAUCCAGGAAAUCGAAAUUGCAUGUUAAUAAGUCAAAUGUACAUAAUUAUCUGAAACAUGAAAUUAUAAAAAGUAAGAAAUAAAAACAAUAUAAAACAGUAACUAAUGUGUGGUGGCCUGGGAAAACCCUUCACACAGUGAAACUAUGGGCAUUCCACAACUGAAAUAAAUGAAUAACUGAAAUAUUUCUCUUUUGCGUUGCAUUGUAUUGCAACUACAAGUAAAGUUCUAGCAUUUUCAAGUCUGGAUACCCUCAAAAGUGAAAAGAAGAAAAGUGGAUUUUAAAGAUUCCAUUCUGUUAUCCAACAACUUGAUCAAAGCAUCAAUUUCAUCGUGUGAAGAAAUCACACUUAGCUAGUAAGGUUUUAGCCAUUACACAAAUAUAUUUAUAGUUUCUAGUUGAGGUGUCAAAGUUUAUUAUUGACAGAAGAAACCAAUAUUAGUAAAACUUGAUUUUGUGAUUUUUGGUUGUUUGCUAGAGUUCAGCCACAGUGAUAUACGACAGGUUUUCCCAAACUGCCACAGACAUGUAUUCCUAAGUAGAUCCAGAUGAAUUAGUAUACAGUAGUAUAAUUAAUGUCUGCCUAUUAUAACUCAUGCAUCCUGGCUGCAGUUCCAGGUACUACCUAUAGUUAUUAUAUGUAACAUCUAUAACAUUAAAGUAUAAUAUGUUUUAAGAAACCAGCUUAACUGGUUUAAUCAGACCUGCCAAUCCCAAAGAGGAAUAAUGUGUACUACUCAUUAUUAACACAGUAAACAGUAAAAUAAAUAAACAAAUAAAUAACUUUUUUUUUUUUUUUUUUUUUUUUACAAAUCCUUUUACAAAGCCAGCUAAAGAGUUUAUAAUUAUUUUCUAAUGACCAUUACCAUUUCAAUUACUUGUAAUGUGUUAGAUUUGACACCUUUCUAUAAGACUGGCGAAGGGGCUGGACAUGAAGAAGACUGCUCUUUUGGUAUAUUUGUGACUUAUAACUCAACCAUGUAUUUCAAAUGUUAACAUGCAGAACAAAAUGCUUCUACACAAAAUGCGUAAGGGUUGGCAGGUCUGUUUUAUUAAAACCCA